AUGGCUCCUGACCUGCCUCGCAUCUUCUUGCUCCCAACUCACUUACAAGCAGACGAACUGCGUGAGUUGGAGGCGAGAAUCCCUACGCUGACGCACGACGUUCACGAGGCCAGCGUUAUUCUGGGCAAGAUAUCUAGACCCGGGCGUGCCCUUUUUGAGCUGAGGCGUCGUAAGCUUGCGACGGAACCGGUGGCUCUGGAGGAAGCUGGAAGAGAAGAGAUAGGUGACAAGCGUGGGCAAAGUGAAGCAUCGGAGGUUCCUUCAAAACGCCGGAGGCUAUCGAGAUCAGAAAAUACAAAAAUCCGAGAGGGUGAGAAUCAUGGUGGCAUUUUGGAUCUGUUGAGAGGUCCAGGGGAUAUCGUUUUGGUGCUCAAGCUGGCUUGGCUAUUCGAUUGCCUCGAGCGAGAUGUCACACUGCCUGCCGAUGACUACCUGCUUUAUCGAGGGCGCAAACUCGCAUCUCAGCCCUUGCAGAGUUCAAAUCUCGGAACUGAUCAGUCAAAGAAAGAGAAUGAAGCAGCCAAGUCAGCCUCGGCAGUACUCGCCCGAGCCAUGGAGGACCGGCAAAGCGUCAACGACAGUCCACGUUCGAAACGGACAACAAGACCAGGGACCAGUCGUACAGAUGGACGACCAGUUGCUGAACCACCGAAGCUACAUCACGAGACGACCUCUGAGCACGAUAUUCCGCUGCCGCCAAUUCCCGAGUUUCUUCAUACCACAUAUUCGUGCCAAAGACCAUCUCUUGUAGACCCGCCGAAUGCUGCAUUUAUCGCGGAACUCAAGGCCAUUCGUACACUGCGGCUUCUACGAGGAGAUCAGGUGGGUGUAAGGGCCUACUCUACUUCAAUAGCCUCUCUUGCGGCGUACCCAUAUUCUUUACAGCGACCACAGGAAACUGAAAGGCUACCAGGAUGCGGUCCCAAGAUUGCAAAGCUAUAUCAGCAAUGGACCAGUAAUGGCUGCACCGAUGAGACUAGCACGGCUAAGACAGAUACUGAGCUUGUUGUGCUGAAGACGUUUUACGAUAUUUGGGGAGUGGGAGAUAUAACUGCUCGUCAAUUCUUUAAGAAGGAGCAUGGCUGGAAUUCACUGAGUCGGGUACAGCAGAUUGGCGUGAAAUUCUACGACGAGUUUCAGCUCAAGAUUCUACGGCAAGAGACAGAGGCUAUUGCCAGUGUCAUACUCGCUCACGCACACCGAGUAGACCCAGGUUUCCAAAUGGUCAUCGUGGGCAGUUAUCGGCGAGGCAAACCUGCAAGUGGCGACGUCGAUGUGGUCUUGAGCCAUCCCGAUGAAACUCAAACACUCGACGUCAUUGAGAGGCUUGUUAGUAGCUUGGAAAAGAGCAGCUUCAUUACGCAUACCUUGAGCGUAUGGACAAAGAAUAGCGAGCGCGGACAGGCCCCCGUGGCGUGGAAAGGCGAGGGCCGCUCCGCAGGAUCAGGAUUCGAUACGCUAGACAAGGCCAUGGUGGUUUGGCAGAACCCCAAGGAUACCAAUGGUCCGCACCGAAGAGUCGACAUCAUCGUCAGUCCCUGGAAGACGGUCGGGUGUGCAAUCCUUGGAUGGAGCGGAGAAACAACAUUCCAGCGGGAUCUUCGACGCUACUGCAAGGCAAAGAUGGGAUUCAAGUUCGACAGCAGCGGCGUUCGGAACAGGGCAGACGGAGCGUGGGUGGAUCUCGAGAGCUCCGAGCGAGGCCCGGCCCCAGACAUGGAAACGGCAGAGAGGCGAGUGUUUGAGGGGCUCGGUUUGGAAUGGCGACCUCCGGCAGAGAGGUGUACGGGGUGA